CCUGGACGCGCUACGCCACCGCCACGUCUUGACCGAUGUCUCCCUGCUGGUGGGGGGACGCCCCUUGCUGGCCCACAAGGCUGUGCUGGCAGCCUGCAGUGGCUUCUUCUACUCCAUCUUCCUGGGCCAGGGCGGCAGUGAGGUCAGCGUCCUAAACCUGCCCAGUUCCAUUCAGCCCGGGGGCUUCCAGGCCCUGCUGGAUUUCAUGUACACCUCACGCCUGUCCCUCACCCCAGCCUCCGUCCCAGCCCUGCUCAGCGCUGCCACCUACCUCCAGAUGGAGCAUGUGGUGGCCACCUGUCACCGCUUCAUCCAGGCCAGUUAUGACCAUACCAACUUCUACCCCAUGUCCCUCUCCUCCCUGGAAGACCCCAAGCUCCUGGAUGACUCCAGGGGCCCUCCAGAUGUCGGCGGGAUGGUGCCCAUGGGAGGUCCCCACCCAGUGGGACAGAGCCCAGAAACCCCCUUGCAUUCAGCUCCUGCUGGAUCCCAGGCAAAAGAUUUGGGGGGGGCACACCCAAGGGGGGAGCGGCCCCCUGACAGCCCAUCACGCUCUGAGGGCCACCCUGCCUCACCCCGUGAGUCCAGCGGCUGUGCCCCGGACCCCAAGGCCUGCAACUGGAAGAAAUACAAGUUCAUUGUCCUCAACUCUCUGCGAGGGCAAGGGGUGGGAGGAGGGGGCAGGGAAGGCAGGGCAGGCCCCCAGCCACCUGACCCCCCAACUCCUCCCAAGCCUCCUGCUGGCAGGGACCAAGGCACCAGCUGUGGCGAGGUAGAGGGGGACGUUUCCGGGAGCCAGCACAACAGCAAUCUCUGCAAGUCACACCCCACCUCACUACAGUGCCCCCUGUGCCAUGAGACCGGGACCCUGCUGCACCCACCCUGUCCCCACCUUCCCCAGCAGCAGCUGCAGCCUCCAGCAGGUGCAGGUCCCUACAGUUGCAGAGCCUGCAAGUUGGCCCUCGGAGAUGACGAGGAGGAGGAAGGGGGGCUGUGUGGGGAGCAGGCCCCUGUGGGCAUCUCCCAUGACAACAAACCCUUCAAGUGUCAGCUCUGCCACUCAGCCUUUCGUUAUAAGGGAAACUUGGCCUCCCACCGUGCCGUCCACACUGGUGAGAAGCCGUACCGCUGCGGGCUCUGUGGGGCGCAGUUCAAUCGGCCAGCGAACCUCAAAACCCACUCACGGAUCCACUCGGGCGAAAAGCCCUAUAAGUGCGAGACCUGCGGCUCCAGUUUCGUUCAGGUUGCCCACCUUCGAGCCCACGUGUUGAUCCACACGGGUGAAAAGCCCUAUCCUUGUGAGACAUGUGGGACCCGCUUCCGGCACCUGCAGACUCUCAAGAGCCAUAUCCGGAUCCACACGGGCGAGAAACCAUAUCACUGCGAGACGUGCCACCUGCACUUCCGGCACAAGAGCCAGCUGCGUCUGCACCUGCGGCAGAAACACGGCGCCAUCACCAACACCAAGAUCCGCUACACAGUGCGGGGACCAUGCUGCCUCCCUUCUCAUAACGCCGAUGGACCAGGGUCAUCAGCAGGUGGGUCUGAUGCUGGGAGCUUUGGAGCUAUUGCCAUGAGUCUCCAGCAUGUGAGCUAA